GUUGAAUCACAAGUUGGACUUUUUGUCGAAAAUGGCGGCUCGUAGCGGAGACUUUUGAACUAAGUUUGGCUGGUACAGGUUACGCUCGACUGUGAUCGAGGCGCUUUAUUUAAGUAGGAACGGCGGAUCCUAUUGUUCCACGUUUCAAGAUAUAUUUUGAUUCGUGCUAAGUUAAUAUAUUUGUCAAAAUGACAUUGGGAUUUUGUACUCGUACUGGAUUUCUAAUUGCAAAGCCAAGUUACAAAAUUUCUUUACCGAGGAUUCUCGGAAGGGACAAUGUGACAUAUGUGCAAGGACAAUCUCCUCGACCCCGUAUACGGGAAUAUUUUUACUACAUCGAUCACCAAGGCAUGUUGUUUCUCGAUGAUGUCCGUAUAAGAAACUUCACUUCCUGCUUCAAAGACAAAAAGUUCUUGGCAUUCUUCUUCAAGCACCUGAAGAAAAAUAACACUGGUCGAUACAUGAGUGACUUCCCGUUUCUGUCAAUCUGUGGUGUAGAGAGAAACUUUGUAAGAUGCGACGACCUACCACUAGUUUUCACAAAAGUGAUUCGGAAACAGAACGCAGAAACUGGCACCGAAGAAGACUGGUUCAGUUAUGCGCAUGCAGAUGAUUUAUUGAUGGUACGAUUCGAACCUCAAAAAUUGUUUAUGAACACCAGCACAGGGAGAGUAUAUCAUCCCGCUCCAGAAAAGGCAGCAGGCAUCGGACUCGUGAGGUCUAAACUGGCCAUCGAAUUCAGUGUCUCCUUUGAUUUCGAUGAUGGCGAGGCGAAUGCACCGACACAUUUUACAUGGAAAAAUAAGCGAUACGAGCUUGACACGGAAUGGUACAGAGAUAAACUGAUGCACGGAGUUGGACAAAAGUAACAAUGAUUUUAUCUGUAAUUCAAAUAAUGUACAUUAUGUAAAAAGGAUUGUAUUUUGGAAAUAACACGGAUAUACAAGA